CUGGUUCCAUACAAAGCACAGAAUUAUUUUUUCUAGAUCUGUAUUGAAUUUGUUUCUUGAUGCUACUUAUCAGUAGAGUCUUUUUAUCCUUUCAUAUUUUCUGAUUGUUGUUGAUGUAUGGGAAGGCUAUCAAUUUGGAUAACUAUUUCUGAUCAUUUUCUCUGGGGAGGUUUUAGGUGGUCAAGUUUAACAAUGUUUUGCUUUGCACUCACAGGUGGCUCAGAAGCUGCCUCCUUUAGAGUGCUUCCACCCUGGAGGGCAGGGGCUUCAUGGUGGAGCAGGGCGUCUUAGCAGAAAGUUGAAGGAGUGAGGAGGAAGGGACAGCAGUGGCUCUGGGGGAGAUCCUGGCAGUUCAUCCUAUACCAGGAGACUCAGAAUGUGCCUGUCUCCGUGUGUCACCAUGUGCAGGGUCCUCUGGAAGGACAGGCAUGGUUGCUUUGUCACAUCAAGACUGUCAGGAAUUCCAAAAAGAGCUAUAGGUUUCUAAUGGUUAGCUUACAAAACAAAAAAUUAAUAAAUGUUAAAUUCUAACCUCUUUGUGUAAUUGUGGUCCCUUUUUAGUUCCUGACCCUGUGAUCCUGCUUCACAGUGAUCAAGAGAGCCAGACCCCUGCUUGGCAGAGAGUAUCUCACUGCAAUGCAGCUUCUUUCAGUUUUCUUUAAAUGACCUUGCUGCUGAGAACAUUGAUCUAUUCUUGUUUUUGUUUUGGGUUAUUCCCUAGGGAGAUUGAUUGCCAAAAACUGAAAUUCCUGAGUCUGAAGAAGAAUCUUCAGUUUGAUGCCUUUGUCACCUGUGGGUGGGUGGGGUCAUUGCUCAACCAUGGCCCUGGGUGGGUACUCUUUGUAUUUGCCCAAGUGUUAGGGUGUGGCCUAGCUUCAUGAGGGGGCUCCUCAAACUCCAUUUCUGGUACUCUAUAGUGGUGAUCCCUGGCCUGUCCCAGCCCCUGGCCCUGGGGCCCAGCAUCUGUACAGCGCUUAUUAUAACCCAUCUGUACAGGGCUUAUUAUAAGUCUUUAAUUUUUAAAAACUGUCCACACCAUUCUCCUUUCCUGCCUGAACUCCUAUGUUCUUCUCAUGGAGCAAAGCCUGGAAGUAGGCCUCAGAAUUCUGGGUGCCUGGGGGGACAGGUUAAAAGCCAGUUUCUGGUGCCCCAAAUAGCUCUCCUUUCCUGCAUAUGAGUGUGAAAGGUUUAAGUUGAGGCCCACAAUGUUUGCAUAUGUUUGCAUCCUUGUCACAGGCUUGUUCCAGGAGACCCAGACCUUUAUCUGCCAAAGUGCAAGUAAAGAAAAAUUUAUCUGUACCAAAGCUCCACAGGCUCCUCUGAUUUCCGUGGUUCUCAGAGGCCCCAGGAGACCGGGUAAUGGCAGCAGCUAGGCUCCUGCCGCGGCCGGCAGGACCCCAGGCUGAGGUGACCUUCGAGGAUGUGGCUGUGCUCCUCUCUCAGGAGGAGUGGAACCGCCUGGGCCCUGCUCAAAGGGGCCUCUACCGAAACGUGAUGAUGGAGACCUAUGGGAACGUGGUCUCGCUGGGACUUCCAGGAUCCAAGCCCCAAGUGAUCUGCCAGCUGGAACGAGGGGAAGAGCCAUGGGUCCUGGACAGGAAGGGAGCGAAGAAAAGCCAGGGCCUGGGGAGUGGCCACUCAGACAUCCUCAAAUGUGACCGAACUACAGCCUGCAUGCAACAAGACAGUUUAUCUGAUCCAUGGGAAUAUGAAAUCAAGGGAGAAAAGCAAAAUGCAGACUUGAGUCUGAAGCCAUUAAUUUCAGAGGAAAUAACAGCGAUUCUGGGGAAAACACCCUUGGGGAGGAUUGAUCAAGAAAACAAUGAAACGAAGCAAAACUUCUGUCUGAAUUCAAACCCUGCCUGCCACACUGAAGUUCAGGCCUUAAGCCAGACGGUGCCACUCACUCAGCAUCAGGCCGUUCCUAGUGGAGAGAGACCCUACAUGUGCAUCGAGUGUGGGAAGUGCUUUGGUCGGAGCUCCCAUCUCCUUCAGCAUCAGCGUAUCCACACUGGAGAGAAGCCCUACGUGUGCGGUGUAUGCGGGAAGGCAUUUAGCCAGAGCUCAGUCCUUAGUAAACACAGGAGAAUUCACACAGGUGAGAAGCCCUACGAGUGUAACGAGUGCGGAAAAGCCUUCAGAGUGAGCUCAGAUCUUGCUCAGCAUCACAAGAUACACACGGGAGAGAAGCCUCACGAAUGUCUCGAGUGUCGGAAAGCCUUCACUCAGCUCUCUCACCUCAUUCAGCAUCAGCGGAUCCACACGGGAGAAAGGCCGUAUGUGUGUCCUUUGUGCGGGAAAGCCUUCAACCACAGCACCGUCCUGCGGAGCCACCAGAGGGUGCACACAGGGGAGAAGCCUCACGGGUGCACCGAGUGUGGGAAAACCUUCAGUGUGAAGAGGACGCUUCUGCAGCACCAGAGGGUCCACACUGGCGAGAAGCCCUAUGCGUGCAGCGAGUGCGGGAAGGCCUUCAGCGACCGCUCGGUGCUCAUCCAGCACCACAACGUGCACACUGGGGAGAAGCCCUACGAAUGCGGCGAGUGCGGGAAGACCUUCAGCCACCGCUCCACCCUGAUGAACCACGAGCGGAUCCACACGGAAGAGAAGCCCUAUGCGUGCUACGAGUGCGGGAAGGCCUUUGUUCAGCACUCACACCUGAUCCAGCACCAGAGGGUACACACCGGGGAGAAGCCCUACGUGUGCGGCGAGUGCGGGCACGCCUUCAGCGCGCGCCGGUCUCUGAUCCAGCACGAGAGGAUCCACACGGGCGAGAAGCCCUUCCAGUGCACGGAGUGUGGCAAAGCCUUCAGCCUGAAAGCGACUCUGAUUGUGCACCUGAGGACCCAUACGGGCGAGAAGCCCUACGAGUGCAACAGCUGUGGGAAGGCCUUCAGCCAGUACUCGGUGCUUAUCCAGCACCAGCGGAUCCACACGGGCGAGAAGCCCUACGAGUGCGGUGAGUGUGGGCGCGCCUUCAACCAGCACGGGCACCUGAUCCAGCACCAGAAAGUGCACAGGAAGCUGUGACUUGCGACUGACACAGAAUCUACCCUCUCAGAAACUGCACAUGGAACCACAGGUAGCCUCCAGCCCAGAAGCACCUUUGACCUCUACAGGAGGCCCUUCUGUGGUGAGUCAGCGUCACCAAGUAACUGGAAAAAGAAGCACUGGGCAUGUUCUUCCCAUGGAAAAACUUCAGAGAAUGCCUGUUUGAUUUAACUCAAUAUCUUGAGGUUAUAUUGGAGAGCAAUCAUACAAUUAUAGUGAAUUUUGGUAAAGACAGCAUAUUUCUUUAACAUUACAUAGUUUAUUUGAAGUAAGUAACUAAGGGAAGUUGAGGCAUAAGAACUAGUGUCCCCAAAAAACUUUCUUAUAUUUGAGAUAAAAUUCUUUUUCCUAGGAA